AUCUACUUCACUCUCCACCCUCCUGUCACAGAUGGAUUCUCUCAUAGUGCUCCUGCUUAUGAUUUAUGGAUCUACAGCUCUGCAGCAGGAUGUGCAGGUGAAGCUCGGAGAGGACGUCACUCUUCAGUGUCAGAUCUCCACAGAGGAAACCAUCUCAGUGCUGAAGUGGAGCAGAGCUGACCUGAACACAGACGGCUACGUCUACUUCUACAGGAACAGGCGCUCCUAUGAAAACUACCAGCAUCCAUCUUUCCACGGCCGAGUGAAGCUGAGGAACCCGGAGAUGAAGGACGGAGACGUUUCUCUGAUCCUGGAGAACGUCACGUUUAAUGACACUGGGAUAUAUGAGUGUCACAUAGCAGUGAGGAACUCUGGGAGAAGUAACAGAGCUCACACUGAGAUCAGCCACUUCAUCAACCUCACAGCCACAGGUGAAACACAUGAAACCAUGUUGGAGCAGCAAAUCAUGGAAAGAGGAGAUGGAAAUAUGGAUGAUGAAGAAGCAGAAACUCUGUUUCAGAUUAUUGUUGUUGCUGCUGUUGUUGCUGUUGUUGCUAUUGUUGGGUUUGUGGCAUUUUUGAUAUUUCUAAUAAGUAAGAAGCCAAGGUCAGAGAGGCUUACUGAGGCAGCAGGUCUAACUUCUUCAGAAAUAUGAACUUUAAAAAAAAAAUUAUAAUUGCACGGCUGCCUCACAGCUAGAAUGAAAUCUAGAAGCUCUCGGUUUGAUUCCACCUUUGCCCGGACCUCUA